UGCCAGGGCAGCGGCAGUCUCCUCAUUCAUGAAUGUGGCGAAGGAGGCGGCGCAGCUUCGGAGCCCCGGCCGAGCGACCAUGGUGGAGCUGCGGGAGAUGGAUUGCAGCGUGCUCCAGCGCUUGCUGCCGCUGCGGGAGGAGUGCGGGGCGGCGGGCAGCAAGUGCCUCCUCUUGGACUGCAGGCCUUUCCUGGCUCACAGCGCCGGCUACAUCCGCGGCGCGCUCAACGUGCGCUGCAACACCAUCGUCCGGCGGCGGGCCAAGGGCUCGGUGAGCCUGGAGCAGAUUCUGCCGGCCGAAGACGAGGUGCGCGCCCGCCUCAGCUCCGGCCUCUACGCCGCCGUGGUGGUGUACGACGAGCGGAGCGCCCGGGCGGAAGGCCUGCGGGAGGACAGCACCGUGGCGCUGGUGGUGCGGGCGCUGCGCCGGGACGCCGAGCACGCCGAUAUCUGCCUGCUGAAAGGUGGCUAUGAGAGAUUCCAGUCAGAGUAUCCAGAAUUCUGUGCAAAGACUAAAUCUCCCGCGACAGCAUCCCUGUUGGCUUCCGUGGAUGUUCUUGAGCAUGGCUGCAGCUCCUGUGGAACCCCCCAGCACGAUCAGGGUGGCCCAGUUGAAAUCCUUCCAUUCCUGUACCUUGGCAGUGCGCAUCAUGCUGCAAGGAGAGACAUGCUGGAUGCUCUGCGGAUCACAGCUUUGUUGAACGUUUCGUCAGACUGCCCGAACCACUUUGAAGGACACUUUCAGUAUAAAUGCAUUCCAGUAGAAGACAACCACAAAACGGACAUCAGCUCCUGGUUCAUGGAAGCCAUUGAAUACAUAGACUCUGUGAAAGCAUGUCAUGGCCGGGUCCUUGUGCAUUGCCACGCUGGCAUCUCCCGCUCGGCCACCAUUUGCCUGGCCUACUUGAUCAUGAAGAAGCGAGUGAAGCUGGAGGAGGCCUUUGAGUUUGUCAAGCAGCGCCGGAGCAUCAUCUCGCCCAACUUCAGCUUCAUGGGACAGCUGCUCCAGUUCGAGUCCCAGGUGCUGGCGACUUCGUGCGCUGCUGAGGUUGCCAGCCCCACGGGGACGCUACGGGAGCGGGGGAACACUGCCUCCACCCCCACGUCCCAGUUUGUCUUCAGUUUCCCGGUUUCAGUGGCAGUGCAUUCCACCCCCAGUAACCUCCCGUUCCUGCAUAGCCCCAUCACCACCUCCCCCACUUGCUAGACAGGGGGAGGGGGAUGCCACCAAUUGCGCCCUGGCACCGAACAAUGUCUUAUGGCCCCCUGCUGGCCAACCGAUAGAACUGCAAUAAAGUACUCUGCCCAAACCCAACAACCUGUUGGAAUCUAUCCAAAGAGGGCGCAGAUAAGGGCAGAUGCUCCUGUUGGAACAGAAACUUAGGGAGGCGGGGUGGGAGGAAGUUCUAGUGUGUCCUUGGCCGGGAUGUCUUACCUCAUUUUUUAAAGAAGCUUGAAAUUGUAAAAUC